AUGUCACUCUUCGCGAAGAAGAAGUGGCGCGUGCAGGAUAUCAUUCGCACUGAGGAAAAAAAAUACCUAGCAAGCGUAUUGAAGGUGACGCACCCGUUUCGAAAGCAACAGAUAGUUAUUGUUCCUGCACCGCGGUAUGCCUUAGAUUCAUAUUACUCUGAGUGGGUCUAUCAACCCUACGCAAAGGAGCACAAAUUGUACGUUAGUAACGACAUAUUUAAUCCGACGCACGUUUACCUCGCGCGCAUUCUUUUGCGCCGAAACAUCUUCCCCGGUUACGCGUACUUUCACCCCAUGGGGUUUCCCGACUGUAUAGAUCUUAACCUCACACGGCGUGAAUUUAUCUCACGCGAACAGCCAAUUCGAACCCCAAUGCUGCUUUUGCUACUGACACCGAAUAUGUAUCGUGAAAGGUUUCACAGCUGGGUUGGGAGGCGCGUGCUUAACAUCGUGGGAGAAAGGUACGUCACACACCCGUCGGAAGACAACCGCUUACUGAUGUUUAUCCUUCCACCGGCUUAUGUACCUGACGCAGUGAAUGUGUUGCAGAGUCUCGGGUUUAACGUAACGGAUCACACGACUGCCGUUGUUGGAGAUACCGACACUGUUGAUAAGCUGAACAAGUGGGGCGACAUGGCUCAGGUGGUGGCCCUCGCUUACAUUUGGUUUAUGUUCGUGUUGUUAGUGGUGAAUGAAUCACAUCGAAUGGAGAAAAUGUUUGAAGAAUACAAAAGAGAAUUGGCUGAGAAGGCAGGGAGGGAUCCCACUGAACUCGGUUUGUAG